CCCCCGCGCCCGCCACCUCUGCGCCUGUAAUGGAAAGGGUGGCAACGCUCGCCUCUGCGUCUGGGGCUUCUGUCGCACGGUAGCCUGCCCUUGGGGAAGGAGGCCCCGCGAUGGCUUUGGGCAGGGAGAGACGCCAGGGGGCAGGAAUAACUGGGCUGGUCUCUGGAAAGUGCAGGGAGCUGCGGUGGCUGAUUUGAAAGGGCACUGUGUAUUGGCACGGGGAGGGGCCAGAAUCGUGUAUGGGGGCCAGUCAGUGGCAUUGCAGGAGGAGACGUACCAGUGGGGCACCGAGGGACCUUCCUGCCAGCAGUGGGCUUCUGAGGAUAUGGGAGUGUGGAGGAUUCCCAUUGCCUUCCCACCAGCCUGGUCAGGGUGAUGCCCACCCCAGCUGACUGCACUCCUGGAGACCAGCGGAGAAUUGCACCUGAGGAGAGGGCUGGCUAGGUUGGCAUCUGGCUGAGAUGGCUUGGCGCAGGCUUGCCGUGGUCAGCCUGCUUGGGCUUUGCUUGGCCAGCUGCCUCCUGUCCCCUGCUCAGGGCUGUGGCCCAGGCAGGGGGCCAGUGGGACGGAAGCAGUCUAGCCGCAGAAGCCUGGCCCCGCUGCAGUACAAGCAGUUUGUACCCAACGUGGCGGAACAGACCCUGGGGGCCAGUGGGAAAGCCGAGGGCAAAAUCAGCCGCCGCUCAGAGCGCUUCAGGGUCCUGGUGCCCAACUACAACCCUGACAUCAUCUUUAAGGAUGAAGAGAAUACAGGUGCAGACCGGUUGAUGACAGAGCGUUGCAAAGACCGAGUGAACGCCCUGGCCAUUGCCGUCAUGAAUAUGUGGCCGGGCAUACGGCUACGGGUGACAGAGGGCUGGGAUGAAGAUGGACACCACCUGCCUGACUCUCUGCACUAUGAGGGCCGGGCGCUGGAUAUCACCACCUCUGACCGUGACAGGGAGAAGUAUGGCAUAUUGGCCCGCUUAGCUGUGGAGGCUGGCUUUGACUGGGUGUACUAUGAAUCCAAGGCGCACAUCCAUGUUUCUGUGAAAGCAGAUAACUCCAUGGCUAUUCGUGCAGGCGGCUGCUUCCCUGGAGAUGCGACUGUGAUGCUGCAGAGUGGUGAGAAGAGAAGUCUCUCCAAGCUACGCCAUGGAGACUUUGUAUUCAGUGUGGAUCAGAAUGGACAAGUGACUCCUAGUGAAGUUUUGCUCUUCCUCCACCGAGACCCACACCAGCAGACGGUCUUUGUGGCCAUCGAGACAGAAGAACCUGCUCGCCGGCUGCUCCUCACAUCCUCUCAUCUCCUCUUUGUUGCACGGGACUCAGUCAACAGCACUGCCAACUUCUCUCCUGUGUUUGCCAGCAGAGUGUGUGUGGGGGACUCAGUGUUGACAUACCAGGCGGGCAGCCCCCCAUUGCAUCCUGCCCGAGUAGUUCGUGUUUGGCAGCAAGAGGGCAUUGGAGUCUAUGCCCCCUUGACCUCGCAUGGCACAGUCCUGGUCAAUGGGGUGCUGGCAUCCUGCUAUGCAGUCCUUGAAAGCCAUCAUUGGGCUCACCAUGCCUUUGCCCCAUUACGGUUUGUCUAUGGCCUCUUCUCAUUGCUGCCCCUGAAGGGUGAGCCUAGAAACUCCAGUGCUCAGGAAACAGACGUGCACUGGUAUUCAGAGUUUCUGUAUUAUCUGGCAUGGGACUUGCUGGGCCAGGAUGUACUUCACCCCUAGAGACUUGCAGGGCCAUUUGCUUGCCAGACAAAGUUAAACUCAUCAAGUCUUUAGAUAAGGGAGGCCCUUGGGCACUUGCUUGGCUCCAUACCUAGUUGCCUUGGCUGGCUAAUGAUUCUAGAGCUGAGGUCACUUUAAAGCAUCAACACUGGCAACAGAGAAACUAGCCUGUGAGUACCUGGGAGUUGGGUUGAGUGAUUAGGUCAACUGAUACCAGUGCUCCUGCUGUAGGUUGCAUAUCACAGGCACUGGACUACCUACAGAUGUGUAUGUGGAGCUUGCAAAUAUCCAAGGCAUGCUGUGUUCCUCCUCCUAAAUUUAGCACAAAGUCAAUAAACCCACUGUCUUAAUUUUUAGCAGGUGGGAUGCAUUUCCUCCAUUUCCCAUAGGUGACCUGAUCUUCUCUGCUUAUAAAGCCAGCAUAAGAUCAGCUGUGGCUUUUUUCUCUCCCUGCAGCUGCUUAAUGGGAUGAGUCAGGAAGGAGCAAGGUAUACAGCAGAAAUGAAUGCUAAUCAUUUCUAAAUGAUUGGAAGGCUUUUCACACACA